AUACAAACAUUAAUGAAAAAAAAAUAUGAUAUUUGGAUCCAUGAUGAAGAUGAUAGGACACGAAUUUCAUAUUUUCAACUGGGCAUUGCAAUCUCGAUUCAAAUUCUUCAAUUCUUUCAACAUUAAAAAAUUGAGUUCCUUUUGGCUAUCGAAUGUCAAUGUUGUGGUUGUUUCUUCUUCUUCUGUCUUUUUUAUCCAUAAGAUUUUUCAUUCAAGAUGUUUUUCCGUAACAUUUUCCAUCAAUUUGCACAACAAAUUGAACAUGCACAAGGUUCACAACGUUUUCAUGUUUUGUUGGUUUAUUUUUCCAUUUUAUUGGAUAAUCUACUAUUAACUGUUGUUGUUCCAGUAAUUCCUGAUUUUCUUGUUGGACUUCAUGAACAACAACGACAAUAUGAUGAAUGGAAUGAAAAUUAUCAUCAUUUCAAUGAAACAUUUAAUGUUCAUUUGAAUAGAACAUUUAUUGAUCAUAUGGUAAUUGAUCAUCAUUUUGGUAUAAAUGGACGUUCGAUGGCCAUUUUAAAUCAUUAUGAUCCAAAAACAUUUAAUACUGAAAAUGGUCAAAUAGGAACAAUAUUGUCAUCAAAAGCAUUUGUACAACUUGUAUUCAAUCCAUUUGUAUCGCCCAUUAUUAAUCAACUUGGCUAUGAAUUGACAUUGAUUCUGGGAGUGGCCGUUCUAUUCAAUUCUUGUUUAUUAUAUCUGAUUGGUCAAUCGUUUAUCAUGUUGUUGAUACCACGUGCAAUGCAAGGAAUAUCUUCAGCAUUGAUUGAAGUUUCAGGCAUGGCUAUGAUGGCCAAUAUGAUUCGUGAUGAAGAAACACGUAUUCGACAGAUUGGUUUUUGUCUUGGCGGUAUGGCAUUGGGCGUUUUAAUUGGCUACCCAUUUGGAAGUCUUUUCUAUGAAUGGUUUGGUAAAACAAUCCUUUUCAGCAUUAUUGCCGUAUCCAUUCUACUAUUACUAGUGGCCCAAUUAGUGACGAUAAAUUGGUCACCAACAAAUGCACCAACACAUUAUGAUUCGAAAACAAUCGAUAUAAUCAUCAAUUCACGUGUCAUAUUGUUUAUCGUAAUCAUAUCAAUAUCAACUGUAACAAUGUCAUUGUUGGAAUCAUUUCUUCCAAUAUGGUUAAUUAAAGAGAUACGACCACCUAAAUGGAAAUUGGGCAUUGUAUUCAUACCGGAUAGUAUUGGAUAUUUAAUCGGUACUAAUCUAUUCACUUUGUUUGAAAUAUCAUUGCAAUAUAGAUGGCUAUUGGUCAUUAUUGCCUUGUGGACCAUAGGAAUCAGCUCAUUUAUGGUUCCAUUGAUUCCAAAUUUAUUGUAUUUGGCAUUACCACAUUUUGGUAUUGGUCUCGGUAUUGGCACUAUUGAUUCAACAUUAUGGCCAAUGUUUGCUGAAUUAGUUGAUGAACAAUUUGCCGAACAAUAUGGCUAUGUUUAUACAGCAUCACAAACAGCAUCUUCAGCUGCAUAUGCAUUCGGUCCAUUGUUUGGUGGUUUUGUGUUGAAUAGAAAAUUUCUUCAUUUUAAAUCUUUAAUGCAUUUAAUUGGUGUUGUCAAUAUUGCACUUGGAUUAUUGGCAUCAGCUCGACGUCAUUCAUAUGAACAUUUUGGUAAGAAAAAAAUUCAACGAACAUUAUCGAUGGCCAAUAUUGAUGAUAAUGAUGACGACGAUGGUCGACAACAGAUGGUGGCACUACAGCAACGAUUUACAUUAUCACAAAAUUAUCAACGAUUCGAUUGAUGAACAAUAAAAUAAUCAAUUUAAUUGUAAUUAGAUAAUGUUGCCUGUUUUAUUUUCAUUUCCACAUGUUUACCAAUUAAUUCUUUCCAUUUCAUUUCAUUCAUUCAUUCACUUGUUUGCUUGUUUGUAUCACGAAUUUCCAUUAAAAAAAACAUUCAUUCAUCAUACGUUUUUCAUCAAUGUUUGCUUACACUAUGAAUACACUCAAACAGCAUGUACUGCUUCUACCAAAAAAAAAAAAAGAAUAAUAAUGUACAAUUUUGACAAAUGGAAAAGAAUUGUAUCCAAGAAAAAUAAAUAAACUGUCAACGAUAUUAUGGCUUCAUUCGGGAAUAGAGAA